UCAAGUUGAGAGAAGCACACUCGCAAUCGUAAAAUCAAACGGUUUCAAAUAGUCGUUUCGCUUGUAUUGUUUAAAAAAUAGAAAAUAAGAUUAAACAUCAGAGUUGAAGUUGCGUGUUGUUUUUGUGGGAAACUUAGGGUACAUUGAGUUUCGAUUUCUAAGAAAUAACAGCUUAAUUGUAAUUGAGUGCAUUUUUUCUGAACCAUGAGUAAUAUGAAUGCAAGCAAUGGGAUCGACACAAGCAACGGCAAAUCGCUGAAAUGCAAUCAAAAUGUACAGGUUUAUCUUCGUGUCAGACCUACAAAUACUCGAGAGAAAUUAAUCCGCUCGCAGCAAAUCGUUGAAGUGAUAUCGCAUCAUGAGCUGCUCCUGAAACCAAUUUUUCUCGACUCGAGAAAUUCGAAAAAGUUCACAUUCGAUCGAGCGUUUGAUGUCUACUCGAAGCAACCGGAAGUUUACCAUGCCGUGGUAGCUCCCUAUAUCGAGGAAGUUCUGUCCGGAUUCAAUUGUACCGUGUUUGCGUACGGCCAAACUGGUACGGGAAAGACUUACACGAUGGUCGGUGAGGAACAACCCGAGCUGAGUGCCGGAUGGGAGGACGACACGAAGACGGGCAUCAUUCCCCGAGCGGUGAAUCAUUUAUUUGAUGAGCUACGAAUGACAGAGCUUGAGUUCUCGAUGCGAAUUUCCUAUUUGGAGCUGUACAAUGAAGAACUGUGCGAUUUGUUGUCUACAGACGAUACGGUCAAGAUUCGUAUUUAUGACGAUGUCAACAAAAAGGGGUCCGUUAUCGUACAAGGCUUGGAGGAAAUCCCCGUCCACAGCAAGGAUGACGUGUACAAGCUGUUGGGCAAGGGCCAGGAACGUCGUCGAACGGCGUCCACUCUAAUGAACGCCCAAUCAUCCCGCUCGCACACUAUUUUCUCGAUCAUCGUUCACAUCAAAGAAAACGGAAUCGAUGGCGAGGAGCUGUUGAAAAUCGGUAAACUAAAUCUGGUCGAUUUGGCCGGAAGUGAGAACAUUACCAAGGCUGGCAAUGAGAAGGGCAUACGAACGAGAGAAACGGUGAACAUUAAUCAGUCACUAUUGACACUGGGUCGAGUGAUUACGGCACUUGUGGAACGAACGCCCCACAUACCUUAUCGUGAGUCGAAACUCACCCGUUUGUUGCAGGAAUCGUUAGGCGGUCGCACCAAAACGUCAAUUAUUGCGACAAUCUCUCCUGGGCAUAAGGAUUUCGAAGAAACGAUGAGCACGCUGGAAUACGCCCACCGGGCUAAAAAUAUACAAAACAAGCCGGAAGCGAAUCAAAAACUAUCGAAAAAGACCGUUAUCAAAGAGUACACGGAGGAAAUUGACCGCUUAAAGCGGGAACUGACAGCUACUCGCGAUAAGAACGGAAUAUAUCUGCCGGAGGAAACCUAUAACGAAAUGCUAUAUAAAUCGGAAGCCACUACCAAGGAGUUGAACGACAAGGUAGUCCUCAUAAAGCUACUCAAAGAGGAUCUUGCUAAAAAGGAAACCAUUUUCAAAGAGGUCAGCCUUCAUUUGUUCGAGAAGGAAGAGCAGUUGCGGAAAGUGGAGGAUAAUUUGGUCAAUACGAAGCAUGAAUUAACCACAUCGAAGCGAUAUUUGAACAAAACCAAGCGACGAUACACCGAGAAGAAGGUUAUUCUUGAACAUCAUAUGAAGACCGAAAAUAAACUGACAAAUCACGCAAAGGAACUAAUGAAAGUAGUUGACACGGUUCAAAGUGAUACAGAGGGAUUACAUAGUACAAUCGAUCGAAGGAAAGCCACCGACGAGGAAAAUCAAACUGUUUGUGAACGUUUCGUGGAGCAAUUGAAGAAUCGGUUGACAGUCAUGCAGGGAAGUGUCUCAGAGCUUACACAUAGCUCAUUUCAAAUCAGCAACUCGAUAACCAGUGAUUGGGAUAAUUAUGUGGCAAACCAAGAAUGCCGACAACAGAACACCUUAAAGCAGAUCACAGCACUUGAAUCGUACUCGCAGAGUAUGCUGUCCAAAGGAUCCACUCUAGUUAGUACAUUUCGGGACGAUCAUUUAAACUGGAAUUCCGAACAGCUCAAGGCGGUACAAUCAUUUGCGGAAAUCAUUAACAAUGUGAAUGAAUCUCUCCGAACGACACUGGCAGCUAAUAUCCAAUCGUUGAGGAAAACUCUCACCGAACAGUAUGAGCAGCAAAGGCAAAUGCUUGAUGCCACCCUGAAGGCAAAUCAGGAAUUCCAUAAGCAAAGUCUGCAGUGCUGCUUAGAACAGAAAAGUGGUUUACGAGACAUGGAUCAGCUGAUUGUGCAGUUCGAAGAUAGUCAGAGCCAAAUCGUUAACUUUGUCAAAACUAAGAAAUUGAGUAAUCAAGCUCGGAUGAAACGUUUAAAGGAAUUCUACGACGCCAUGUCCGAUGAACUCCGAUCUGAGGAAGCAAAUUUGAACAGUUUGGAGACGGUCAUUCAAAAGCUUGGCAACACGAAGGAUUCUGCAAGAGUUUUAAUCAGAACUAGUGACGCAAUUGUUGAUAGAACCAUCGAAUGUCAAAAUGCGUCUGCAAACUGUAUGCAAAAUAGCAGACAACAAUUGGAAUCUAUCGCACAGGAACACCUGUCCGUAGCACAAGGCCAAUUACAUCAUAACGUUGUUCACACCGUAGAAACCCUAAGCAAUCAGCUGAAAGAUACAGUUGCUCAGCAAAAUUCUGCCCUCGCAAGUGCCGAAGACUAUUCACGUAAGCAAUGGCAACAAUUCGGUUCCCAGUUCGAACAGAACCAAUCGGAAUUCACUAGUAGCCUUCAAACGCGGCUACAAUCCCUCAACCAUUCACUGGGCCUGGAACACGUUGCGAACUCUGACUUGCGAAGUACCACACUUUCACUGAACAAACAACUCCAACGAAACAUCACAUCCUACCAGAGCCAGACGAAUGCCAACCUGACAGAAUUAACAGAUCAGGUGAAUCGAUUCCACCAGGAGGAGUUAUCGCUGUAUCAACCAACCGGCCAGACGCCCGUACGAAAAACGAUUAGCUAUGCGAGGGAUUUGGCCACGACGUCACCUCACGAUCGAAUCGUACGACGAUUUUGGCGUGAGCGAGGUAUGAUGGAUCAGGACACUUCCAUUACGAUUCAGGAGGAUAACGAAGAAGUUAGUGUACUGUACAACAGCUUACACGGCGAUGAAGUUAGGAACUCCACUCCAUUGGCCUCGCGGUGUAACGUGUUUGAAGAGGAUCGGGAACGAUUUAAGGAACUGCAAAUAUCAAACAUCUUAACCAAGAUGGGUAAUGACGUGGAAUGGGAAGAUAAUAAGGAAAACAUGGACACUAUAAACGAAAGCGCAUAGAAAGCAACUUGCCUGUUCAGUGGUGAUAUUCAUUCGUAUGCAAGCGAAUCGUAUUUUCGUAUUUAUUCCACGUUUGCCACGACCAAUAGCUCUCCGAACUUAUUUUUUGUUCCUUCGUCUGUAAUAUAUUUUCAUAGUUUUUAUUAGAGUAAUAAAACAGGUUAAUGUUUGACAUUGUCAGUGGACAAAACCGUUCAUACAACAGAUUUACGUUUGUUUUAUGUUUCCUUAGUAAACUCACGUUUGAGACAUCGAAACAAGUUUAUAGGUGUGUAGUUCCUUGUUAUCCCGAAAUAUGCUACAGUGUUGUAUUGAUACCCCAUAGUUCUUGUUAUAUGCGUUCUUGUGAGAUCAGAAAAAGUGUAAUAGUCUAGAAAUAUUAUGGCGCCGGAAAAACAUGUAUAUAAAUGCCUCACAUUACUAUUAUAAA